UGUAUCAGAAUAGAACGUGAUGUGACUCAGGGUUUCCCUAUGGGGAGUACAUCUCAUAUGAUGUGUAUGGAUCUUUCUCUUAGUGGUUGUAAUGGGACCAGCUCCAUCCCUGUCCCUCUCUCCCAUACAGGUCUCUCACCCAGCCCCUCUCCCAUGUCACCGAGACGUCUCCAUGGCAAUGUUUAGCGUCUCUGAACGCUUCUUCUGGAAUGACUCGGAAGGGAUUCGGGAAGACCUCCUCCAUGGGAAUUCCUCUGGUGGUUGGGAGGAGGAUACAGAGCGUAACUACUACGCCAUGCUGUAUUCCCUACUCAUCCUGGCCAUCAUGUUUGGCAACGUGCUGGUGUGUCUGGCUGUGGUGCGGGAGAGGUCCCUCCAGACCACCACCAACUACCUGGUGGUGAGCCUGGCUGUAGCUGACCUGCUGGUGGCGUCGCUGGUCAUGCCCUGGGCUGUCUACCUGGAGGUGGUCGGAGGGGCGUGGCUCUUCAGCAGGAUGUACUGUAACGUCUUUGUCACCCUGGAUGUCAUGAUGUGUACUGCCAGCAUUCUCAACCUGUGUGCUAUCAGCAUCGACAGGUACACAGCGGUGGUGAUGCCUGUCCUCUACAACACCACACACAGCUCCAGGAAGCGGGUCUCGGCCAUGAUCGCGACAGUGUGGAUCCUGGCCUUCGCUGUCUCCUGCCCCCUUCUGUUCGGAUUCAACACAUCAGGUGAGACACACGACCCGACGGUGUGCUCCAUCUCCAACCCUGACUUUGUCAUCUACUCGUCGGUGGUGUCCUUCUACCUGCCCUUCAUCGUCACCCUGCUGGUGUACAUCCGCAUCUACGUCUUCCUCAGGAAGAGGAGGAAGAGGAUCGCCUUCCGCCAGGCCAGCAGCGGGAAGGUCCAGCCAGGUUCGGCCCAGCCCUCCGCGGUGAGAACACAGCCAUAUGGUCCCACAGUGACUGUGCAAAUGAACAUGGAAGAGAAGUGUCUGCAGGAGGAGUCCCCCAAGGAGAACAGAGACCUGUCCCCCAUCAGGAUCAAAGUGGAGAGUAUAGAGUCGGCAGGGCCCCCUAAAGCUCACCUCCUGUCAGGGUGUCUGCGGCGUAAGCGUCCCCGGACGGCCCCUGUGGAGAACACUCUGCUGCCCCCGGUGGACAUCCAGAACUACUGCAGCAUCAGCCACGCCUCCUGCGGCCGCACUGAGCACGACCGCGCCGAGGAAGCGCUGGCCAAAGAGAAAGAGCGUAUUCCUGUGCGGAGGAGCUGCGAGGUCAAAGAGCUGUCCAAUGGACGCAUUCACACGGCACUCCGUCCCGCCCCCCACUCCCAGUCCCUGACAGGCCAACAACAACAUCGAGUCAGGAGCAUGCAGAACAGGGAGAAGAAGGCUACGCAGAUGCUGGCCAUUGUGCUUGGAGUGUUCCUGAUCUGCUGGCUGCCGUUCUUCGUGACUCACAUCCUGAACACCCACUGCAGGACGUGUCGUAUUCCCCCGGAGCUCUACAGUGCCUUCACCUGGCUGGGCUACGUCAACAGCGCCCUCAACCCCGUCAUAUACACCACCUUCAACAUCGAAUUCAGACGCGCCUUCAUCAAGAUCCUCAGCUGCUGAGAACACCAUGGUCCACCAUGACCGGGUCAUAGCCAUGCUCCUGACCUGUACUGGACUGGACCUUGGGCCCGGCAUACCUGAGUAUGGAUAAGAUGCAUGAGCCAUGGCCUCAGCCUGAGUACCCAUUAUCAGGGCAAUGACUGUCCUUUAUCGAGAUCAUUGUCAGGCCAGGGUUCUGAGCUGUACUGGACCUCAGGCCAGCCACACCUGAGCAUGGAUACUGCACUUGAGCCAUGGAUACAUGAGCCAUGACCGUCCAUCUUCAGGGUCAAUGACUCGUCUUCAUUGAAACCAUCUCCUGCCGAGAGGAUAGGUCCAUAAUGACCAUGUCUGACCAUUCUCUUCCACUGGACCUCCCAGCACACUGGUCCUCUCAGCACACUGGACCUCCCGGCACACUGGUCCUCUCAGCACACUGGUCCUCUCAGCACACUGGUCCUCUCAGCACACUGGACCUCCCAGCACACUGGACCUCCCAGCACACUGGUCCUCCCAGCACACUGGUCCUCUCAGCACACUGGACCUCUCAGCACACUGGACCUCUCAGAACACUGGUCCUCUCAGCACACUGGACCUCUCAGCACACUGGACCUCUCAGAACACUGAUCCUCUCGGCACACUGGUCCUCUCGGCACACUGAUCCUCUCGGCACACUGGUCCUCUCAGCACACUGGACCUCUCAGAACACUGGUCCUCUCGGCACACUGAUCCUCUCGGCACACUGGUCCUCUCGGCACACUGGUCCUCUCGGCACACUGAUCCUCUCGGCACACUGAUCCUCUCGGCACACUGGUCCUCUCGGCACACUGGUCCUCUCGGCACACUGGUCCUCUCGGCACACUGGUCCUCUCGGCACACUGGUCCUCUCGGCACACUGGUCCUCUCGGCACACUGGUCCUCUCGGCACACUGGUCCUCUCGGCACACUGGUCCUCUCGGCACACUGGUCCUCUCGGCACACUGGUCCUCUCGGCACACUGGUCCUCUCGGCACACUGGUCCUCUCAGCACACUGGUCCUCUCAGCACACUGGUCCUCUCAGCACACUGGACCUCUCAGAACACUGGUCCUCUCAGCACACUGAUCCUCUCGGCACACUGGUCCUCUCAGCACACUGGUCCUCUCAGCACACUGGUCCUCUCAGCACACUGGUCCUCUCAGCACACUGGACCUCCCAGCACACUGAUCCUCUCAGCACACUGAUCCUCUCAGCACACUGAUCCUCUCAGCACACUGAUCCUCUCAGCACACUGAUCCUCUCAGCACACUGGACCUCCUAGAACACUGGUCCUCUCAGCACACUGAUCCUCUCAGCACACUGAUCCUCUCAGCACACUGAUCCUCUCAGCACACUGAUCCUCUCAGCACACUGAUCCUCUCAGCACACUGGUCCUCUCAGCACACUGAUCCUCUCAGCACACUGAUCCUCUCAGCAAACCGGACCUCCUAGAACACUGGUCCUCUCAGCACACUGGUCCUCUCAGCACACUGAUCCUCUCAGCAAACCGGACCUCCUAGAACACUGGUCCUCUCAGCACACUGGAGCACAUCUGAGCAAGGACUCUCUGGCUGCCUCCUGACAGUACCUCAGGCCCAGCACACCUGAGCUGAACUACAAGUACUGCAUCUGGCUUGGCUGCCAGUUGACUGGGAAAGGACCUGCUCCACCUGUGGUAUACUGUACACAGGGGGCAGGCGACAUGAAGGGAGGGGAUGGGAGCGAAAUUCAAACCAUAAAAAGGACUGCUACAGUACUGAUGAUUCAGAGAUGGAAAAAAUACUUUUUAAAUUUGGACAAUUAAAAUAAGUGUUCUGCCAAUCUAUAUGGCACAGGAGCUGGACACAAUGUACAGCCAUCAAAAAGAACCUGAAUGUACUCACGGUUUGCUCUUGCCUAAUGCGAUCUUUGUUUCAGGAAACAAGGGAUUAUACUCUGUCCUGAUUUUGGUGUUUUGGACAUUUGUUGGAUCAAAUAUAACGCUAGUUUAACUGGUGACGUAUGAAGAAAGACCUUCACUAAUACUCAGCUACACAGAUCAGACCACAGUCACAAUCCUCAGUUUGAUGAUGCCUGGAACAGUGUAAUGACCAAUCAUCUAUACUGGCCACCAGAGGCCACUUAUGCCGACGUCAUGUGUCAAUCGACACCACAGGGUCUUGCCUCAGUGGAUAUGAGUCUACAACUCCUAACGCAAUCACAGAUACAGCAUUCCUCCCAAAUGGCCCCCUCUUCCCUUUAUAGUGCACUACUUUUGACCAGACUUAGGGUGCCAUUUGAGACGCAGACCCUGUUCUAUUUCUUACACACUACUCCAGUUGAUGACUCACAGCUAUUACUGUAGCAAGGUUCAUGACUUCACUGUCAUUUGUUUAAAUGGUCACUGAGGUUAUUGAGCCAUUAUAUAUUCAGAGCAGCAGUAUUUACUGUUACUAGUGACAUCGUCCACCCCUCUUCCAACAGUCACCCGCCACUGCAUGCGUGUCAACGUUAUCAGGCUGUUUUAUAUUUCAGUCGCUUAAAGGCUCCGUCCAUCUGAAUCACUAUGAAGACCUUUUAUAUCUGUGGAUGUGGGAGAUGUUUGGAUCGCUGUUGGAGUCGUUUAAAUCGAUGUGAACACUGUACAAUAAAUUGACACGGCUUCAGUGCAGAGGUGUCAAACUCAUUUUGCCCUGGGGGCCACAUUCAGUCUUUAACGAGGUCCAGAGGGCUAUAUUUGGUUAUUUGGUUACAUUUCCUUGCCCUCAAAAUUUGCAGAACAUAGUCCUCUAUCCAUCGUUUAUUUUCGAUGCUCCCUAACUGUCUAGCUUUCAUUUCAGUGAUUAAUAGCGACCUGGAAAGUUCCUUUAAUAGUGGUGUGCUCAGGGGGGUGGGGCUUGUGGUGCCAGCGAAUCGGACACGGGUGUGAAUGGCGAAGUGGGCGGGGCUGUAAUGGAUAGGAAAAGCUUCUCUGU